UCCCUGGUGUGUAGAGGAGGAGAGAGAGCGUGUCCGCUGCCCAAUGACAGCGCAGGAUGCUGAGAGAGGCUGCUGGGGUGAAUGGAGGCGACAAGAUGCCGUCCAGAGCGGCGAAGGAGAGGAAUUAACAUCGAUAAAGAUCUGACUUUGAUGUGCUCCACCUAUUAAGGCAUGAAAUAAGUCACCCAUGUGUGGUUCAGAGAGUCAGAGCAGUCUCAUUUCAGCGUGCCCCUGUUAAGGACCCUCUGGUGGCUACACCGCCGAUUCACAGGACAUGUACGGCAGUGCCAGAGCUGUAGGCCAUAUAGAGAGCAGCCCCGCACGGUCCCCGCGCCUGCCAAGGUCCCCCAGACUGGGCCAUCGGAGGGCCAACAGCGGGGGCGGGGGUGGUGCGGGGGGCAAGACGCUCUCCAUGGAGAACAUCCAGUCCCUCAACGCUGCCUAUGCCACUUCAGGGCCCAUGUACCUGAGCGACCACGAGGGCGUGGGCUCCACUGCCACCUACCCCAAAGGCACUAUGACUCUGGGUCGCGCCACCAGCCGGGCCAUGUACGGGGGCCGCGUCACAGCCAUGGGCAGCAGUCCCAACAUCGCUUCAGUGGGGCUGCCCCAUGCUGACCUUCUGUCUUACAGUGACCUGGGCUCCCUCUCCAUGCUGCACCCCCACCACCACCAGGGGGUGCCGUCCGCCCUGCUGAGGCAGGCGGUGCGGGGCAGUGGGGGGGAGCUGCUGGAGAUGCAGGCCCAGCUCAGGGAGAUGCAGAGGGAGAAUGAGAUGCUGCGCAGGGAGCUUGACCUGAAGGACAGUAAGUUGGGAUCUUCCACCAACAGCAUCAAGAGCUUCUGGAGUCCUGAGCUGAAGAAGGAGAGGAUAAUGAGGAAAGAAGAGGCUGCACGCACGUCAAUCCUUAAAGAGCAGAUGAGAGUCACUCAUGAGGAGAACCAGCAUCUCCAGAUGACCAUCCAGGCUCUGCAGGACGAGCUGCGCACACAGCGAGACCUGAACCACCUGCUGCAGCAGGAGAGCGGCAACCGCUCCGGCUCCGAGCACUUCACCACCAUCGAGCUGACGGAGGAGAACUUCCGCCGCCUGCAGGCCGAGCACGACCGGCAGGCCAAGGAGCUCUUCUUGCUGAGGAAGACGCUGGAGGAGAUGGAGCUGAGGAUCGAGACUCAGAAACAGACUCUGGGUGCCAGAGACGAGUCCAUUAAGAAGCUGCUGGAGAUGCUGCAGAGCAAAGGGCUGCCCUCGGGGCCGGGCAGGGCGUCUGAGGAGGAGGAGCAGGAGAGAGCCAGGCGCAUUGCUGAGGCAGAGGCUCAGCUGGGACACCUGGAGGUCAUUCUGGACCAAAAGGAGAAGGAGAACAUCCACCUUCGAGAGGAACUGCACAGAAGAAAUCAGCUGCAUCAGGAUCCGAGCAAAACCAAGGCCCUGCAGACCAUCAUAGAGAUGAAAGACACCAAAAUCGCCUCUCUGGAGCGCAACAUCCGAGAUCUGGAGGAUGAGAUCCAAAUGCUGAAGGCGAACGGCUUACUGAACACAGAGGACAGAGAGGAGGAGAUCAAACAGAUGGAGGUCUACAAGAACCACUCUAAGUUUAUGAAGACCAAGAUUGACCAGCUGAAGCAGGAGCUGUCGAAGAAGGAGUCAGAGCUGCUGGCUCUGCAGACAAAACUAGAGACCCUCAACAACCAGAACUCGGACUGCAAACAGCAUAUCGAGGUGCUCAAAGAGUCUCUCACUGCCAAGGAGCAACGUGCUGCCAUCCUGCAAACAGAGGUGGAUGCUCUACGUCUGCGUCUGGAGGAGAAAGAGUCCUUCUUGAACAAAAAAACCAAGCAGCUGCAGGACCUGACGGAGGAGAAGGGCACGCUCGCCGGAGAAAUCAGGGACAUGAAGGACAUGCUGGAGGUCAAAGAGAGGAAGAUCAAUGUCCUGCAGAAGAAGAUUGAGAACCUGCAGGAGCAGCUGCGGGACAAAGACAAACAGCUGGGGAACCUGAAGGACAGGGUCAAGUCUCUGCAGACCGAUUCCAGUAACACAGACACUGCCUUGGCCACCCUGGAGGAGGCGCUGUCAGAGAAGGAGAGGAUUAUAGAGCGUUUAAAGGACCAAAGAGAGAGAGAAGACAGAGAACGUCUGGAAGAGGUGGAAUCCUACAAGAAGGAGAACAAGGAUCUGAAGGAGAAGGUCAACAGCCUGCAGAUAGAAUUAACAGAGAAAGAGUCCAGUCUCAUCGAUCUGAAGGAGCAUGCUUCAUCCCUCGCGUCCUCUGGCCUCAAGAAGGAUUCAAAGCUCAAAUCACUGGAGAUCGCCAUCGAGCAGAAAAAAGAGGAGUGUAGUAAGUUGGAGACGCAGUUACAGAAGAAAGCCCACGAGGUGGAGCAGCAGUCGGGCUCCAGGGGGAACCCGGAGUACGUGGACCGGGUGAAGCUGCUGGAGAAGGAGGUGAGCUACUACAAGGACGAGGCCAACAAGGCUCAGGCGGAGGUGGAGAGGCUCCUGGACAUCCUGCGAGAGGUGGAGACUGAAAAGAAUGACAAGGACAAGAAGAUCGCUGAGUUGGAAAGACAAGGAGGCAAAGACCAGACUAAAAAGGGUCCAAACAUCAAACUGGGACCACAAGGGGACAAGAAAGGCUUAGGACAGGACCCUCGUAAGGACAGCUCCAUGGAUGGUGGCCACCACUUAAAGGUGCAGGUUACUCAUGAGAAAUAUUCACUACAGACGAUGCAGGGUUUAGUACUAAUGUUUGUUGUCCAUCAGCUGGAGGAGCUAAUGAACACGCUGGAGAGGACGAGGCAGGAGCUGGACGCCACCAAGCAGCGUCUCUCCUCCACACAGCAGUCUCUGCAGGAGAGGGACACCCACCUCACCAACAUGAGACAAGAACGCAGGAAACAGCUGGAGGAGAUCCUGGAGAUGAAACAACAAGCUCUGCUGGCAGCCAUCAGCGAGAAAGAUGCUAAUAUUGCACUGCUGGAACUGUCUGCCUCCAAUAAAAAGAAGACCCAAGAGGAGGUGCUGGCCCUCAAGAGGGAACGGGACAAACUGAUGCACCAGCUCAAACAACAUACACAAAGCCGAAUGAAGCUGAUAGCCGACAACUAUGAAGAUGAGCAAUAUCAUCCACACGGUCCUCACCACCCGCAGCCUCAGCCCCCACAUGCUCAGCCUCAACCUCAGCCCCAGUACCCCCACCCUCCCCACGCCCAGCAGACUCCAUACCCACACGCCCCGCAUCCGCAACAUCCUCAGCAUCCUCAGCAUCCACAGCAUCCUCAGCAUCCUCAGCACCCACAGCACCCACAGGGCCCCCCGCAGCACCCGCACGCCCAGCAGCCACAACCACAGUACCCCCACCCACAGCACCCACAGCACCCCCAGCAACAUCCUCAGCAUCCCCAACCACCUCCCCAGCACCAACAGCACCCACGUCCCCCGCAGCCCCAACACCCUCACCAACAGCACCCCCAGCACCCGCCACAGCACCCACAUGGACACCCCCCUCCGCAGCACCCUCAUCCUCAGCACCCGCACGGUCCUCCCCAACAAGGGCCGCACCCUCAGCAUCCGCACCCGCAGCAUCCGCAGCAUCCGCAGCACCCGCAGCACCCGCAGCACCCACACCACGGCCAGCAUCCACGUCACCCGUCGCCCCAUCAUCGUGGAGGGCCGGCCCGAGGACCCCCACAUGCUGGUCACCGCCCCUCCCCAGAUCAGGAUGAUGAGGAGGGCAUUUGGGCAUAAUCCUUGCUGUGACAACCAAAGCUCUAAUGUUGUUUUGAGGGAUGAUUCAGUCACUACUGGAGGAGCACAGCCACGCCAUGAUGUUGAAACACUACCCAACCAAAUAUUUAUUAUCCCCACUCAAUCAACAC